AUGACCAUUCCAAUCUAUAAUUCAGAAAUUGCCCCGUCCCACAAACGUGGUUUAAUUGCUGGCUUGCACGCACAAUUUGUGGGCGUUGGUUUUGCUGCUGCCAAUUGGGUAGGGUUCGGGUGCUCUUAUACCUCAGGUGGCUUCCAAUGGCGAUUCCCUUUCGCUUUUCAAUGCCUUCCAGCUUUGAUUAUUCUGAUUGGCAUCUUUUGGCUUCCGUACUCUCCUCGAUGGUUGCUUGAACAAGAACGUGACGAAGAGGCCUUAGCUGUCAUCAAGCGUCUCCAUGGUCACCAGGGCGAGGACGAUACCGUUAUUAGAGGCGAAUUCUAUCAGAUACGAGAACAGUUAAGGUUUGAAAAAGCCCAGUACGUCGCCGGGUGGUCGGACCUCUUCACCAGGGCGAACAAUCGCAAGCGUAUCAUUCUUGCCGUGCUCGUCCAGGCUUUCACCCAACUUAGUGGUAUCAACGUUAUCAACUACUACCAGACCGACCUGUACAAGGGGUUGGGCAUGACUGGGCACACCUUGACUUUGCUUGCUGGAGUCUACGGUCUAGUUGGUCCUCUGGCUAAUGUGGUAUGUCUUUACUAUGUCGACUCAUGGGGCCGCAGAAAGACUUUGUGGAUCACUGGUUUCGUCAUGGCGCUCGACAUGGCUGUGGUGAUGGGACUUUCUGGCGGAUUCGCUCAAAGCAGCAACACCGUCGCCAAAGGCUUUACUAUUGCGUUCAUCUUCCUCUUCUCCAUGAUCUACUCCCUCGGCUACAAUUCCAUUCACUACAUCUACGUUCCCGAAAUCAUGUCGAUGGCGAUCCGAGCCCGUGGUUCUUCCAUCGCCAUUGUGUGCAAUGUUAUAAUUAAUAUCGUUUUUAAUCAGAUAUCUCCCAUUGCAUUUGCGGAAGUCGGAUACAAGUACUACAGUCUUUUCAUCUGUACUAAUCUUGUCGGCGCGGUGACCGUAUUUUUCUUUUUCCCAGAGACAAAGGGCAAGUCUCUGGAGGAGAUUGGCCAAAUUUUUGGAGACGAUGUUAUUGUUGGAGAUUUGGCUCAGUUGCGUGAGAAGAUUGAGGCUGGUGAUGUGGAAAUGAUGGAGCAGGUGGAAGAGCGAAAGUAG